GUAUAGUAUUGUCUGGAGUGCUGUGCGGUCUUCUAACGAUGUUGCGCUUCCGUUCUUAUUUUCGUACCGUUCGGUCUGUCUGCUCGUUUCGUUUUCUUUCUUCUCAAUCGAACGUCGAGCGUUCUCGAUAUCCAGGAUCUCGUUCAAGAUUUUCUUGUGUUAUUGAUGAGUGCAGGCCACCUGCUAUCCAUCCAGACGAAGGCGUCUCUGUAUUUAGAAUUUUGAGCAGCGAAGGCCGCGUCAUUGAUUCAAAUCAAGAUCCCAAUAUACCUGAUGAGAAGCUGUUGAAUAUGUAUGAAACCAUGGUGGUGUUAAAUGUGGCUGACAACAUACUGUAUGAGUCACAAAGACAGGGUCGUAUUUCAUUCUAUAUGACAGCAUACGGAGAAGAAGCAACUGUUAUUGGCAGCACUGCUGCAAUCGAUGCUAAUGAUCUGAUCUAUGGUCAAUACCGUGAGGCUGGGGCAUUGCUAUUUCGAGGAUAUACAUUGUCUGAAAUGAUGAAUCAGUGCUAUGGAAACCACUUGGAUUCAGCAAAAGGAAGACAGAUGCCGAUCCACUAUGGAGCUCAUCAUUUGAAUUUUCAAACUAUUUCGUCACCUUUAGCAACUCAGAUGCCACAAGCACCUGGUGCUGCAUAUGCAUUCAAACGAGAGCGUUCUGGACAAUGUGUCAUGUGCUAUUUUGGAGAUGGUGCUGCCAGUGAAGGAGAUGCUCAUGCAGCCUUUAACUUUGCUGCAACUUUGGACUGUCCGGUCAUCUUUUUCUGUCGAAACAAUGGUUAUGCUAUUUCAACUCCAACAUCUGAACAAUAUCGUGGAGAUGGAAUAGUUUCUCGUGGUCCUGGCUAUGGAAUAGAGAGUGUUCGUGUUGAUGGCAAUGACCUGUUGGCUGUCUACAGUGUCACUAGAAUGGCUAGAAAGAUUUGUGUUAAAGAAAAUAGGCCUUUUCUUAUUGAAGCCAUGACAUACAGGAUUGGUCAUCACAGUACGAGUGAUGAUUCUAGCGCUUAUAGAUCUUCAGAUGAUGUCAAAUUUUGGGACAAACAAGAUCAUCCCAUCAGUCGUGCAUACAACUACCUUGUCAGUAAGGGCAUUUGGAGUGAAUCACGGGACACUGAGUUGAGACAGACAAAAAAGAAACUGGUUAUGGAGGCAUUUAGAGAAGCAGAAGCACAGCCGAAGCCUCCUAUAGAAGAGCUGUUUCGUGAUGUGUACGACAACAUGCCAUCUCACAUUGAGACACAACUAAAUGAAAUUCGACAGCAUGUUGCUAAAUAUCCUAAUCAAUAUCCAACUAAUUUUUCUAAAUGAGUGUUUCUGCUUUGUGUUGGUGGGAAAUGUAAUUUCAAGAAAUUAUCAACAUGACUGAUCUACAGUACUUGAUCAUCUUAUGACUCUUCACAGUGAUGCCUUCAAGGCUUGUUAUUGCUGAAGGAUGAAAGAGUAAAUGAUAGCAAUAGCAUUGUUGUUGUCAAUCUAGAAGUAUGUAAUGGCAAUACAGCUGUUACUCACAAUCUCCCAGUCACUGCACAACUGGCAUGGCACACGUGUGUUUUGAUUUGUCCAGGUUAUCCAGCUU